UUUUUUGGUGUCAAAUCUGGAUUGAACGUGAUUUGCAGAAUUAGCUCUAGUAUUGUAGUGGUGAACAUAUUUUACGUUUUGGCAGUAUCUCGAGAGGUAUAUGGCAUUUUAAUGGUAUAGUGUAUCUUGUACACCAGGCCCCUUGCAAGAAGCUGUACUCUGUCGGCUACCAAGAGCCACCCCACGCUAAGAAAAUGUUUGGCGGAAAGGGGGAGAAGAAUGCCGGCUUUGAUGUGCUCUACCACAACAUGAAGCACGGCCAGCUGGCGACCAAGGAGCUCGCUGAGUUUGUUCGUGAGAGAGCUGCUAUUGAGGAGACCUACUCCAAAUCCAUGGGCAAGCUGGCUAAAAUGGCCAGCAAUGGAAGCUCAUUAGGGACAUUUGCGCCAAUGUGGGAUGUGUUCAGGGUCUCUUCUGACAAAUUGGCUCUCUGCCAUCUUGAGCUCAUGAGAAAGAUGAACGAUCUCAUCCGGGACAUCAACAAGUACACAGAUGAGCAGGUCAAAAUUCACCGAAAGACAAAAGAGGAGCUGGUGGGGACAGUGGAGGCGGUGCAGGCACUGCAAGUCCAAAAUGGCCACCUUCAGAAGUCCAAAGAGGGUUACCAUACCAAAUGUUUAGAGCUGGAGCGGAUCAGGAAGGAGGGAGCUCCACAGAAAGAUCUGGAAAAAGCGGAGCUGAAGUCUAAAAAAGCUGCCGAGUCCUUUGCGCUGUGCAUAGAGAAGUACAAUCGAGUGGGAGGAGAGUUUGAACAAAAGAUGAACGAGUCCACUCAGAGAUUUCAGGAAAUUGAGGAGGGCCAUUUGCGGCAGAUGAAACAGCUGAUAAAAGGCUAUUCCCAUUCCAUAGAAGACACCCAUGUUCAGGUUGGACAGGUCCAUGAGGAAUUCAAGCAAAAUGUAGAAAACAUUGGCAUUAAUAAUCUAAUCCAGAAAUUUGCAGACCUAAAGGGCACUGGCAAGGAGAGGCCAGCUUUGGUUGUUUUUGAGGAGUACAUGACUGUAGCACCCGAUGGGGGGAAGAAGAGUCGUGCAAAAGCCUUUAGGAUCCCUGGCCUGGGCAAGAGGGAUAAGGAGCCAGAUUCUACGGAUUCAGCUGUAACUGAAGCACCGAAUUCCCCCUUGGAGGUAGACGACGAAGGAUUCAUUAUCAGAGCUGACAGUACUCCGAAUGGCUGCGCUGAAGAUAAGGGGCACAACUUCUACUCCAGCGACUCAGACUUUGACGACGAGGAACCCAAGAAAUUCCAAAUCCAGAUCAGACCGGUAGUCAACAGCAACCGCAGCAACGUUGCAGCCAGCGAGAAGGAGCUGAAAGCCACCGUGGGGACUCUCACGCUGCCGCCUAACAGAGGGGUGACAGUAAAGCGGCAUCUCUCCAGAAACUCUAGUACAUCCGGACGGACAGAAGACGGUGAAGGCACCUCCCUUAAAGAUGGAGACCAGGGGGGUUUACGCAGGUCCACUUCCAGCCCUGAUCACAGCAGGUUGAGUUCUACAGCAUUCGGUACAGACAGUCUCUUUGGACCUCCGCUCGAGGCAGCCUUCAAAUCCAAAAGUUUUGGUGGUCGGGAACAACUCCAAGAACAACGUUCUUUUGGUGCCUCUGAAUAUGCGGCUUUUUCAUCAGACUCUUCCUCACCCGACAACAUCGAGGACUCUGGUCUUGACUCGCCUUCCCUUCAGCCACUUGGCCCCUCUCCUGAGCCAGUUGGCUGGGCAGCAUGGCCUCCUGUCUCUCAGAGUAAAGAACAGACCCCAGCACGAGAGCGACCUACAGAUCCUUUCCUCUCAGUCUUCCGGGAACCCUCCCCUGCUCAAAGUCCUCAUCUACAGGACGACCCUGUGAGCGCCUGGUCCGUUGGCCCAUCACGGUUCUCUCGUCUUCCCUCAGAUAUGGACUCUUCCACCAUGUGCUUCCCAGCUUUCCCGCAGUCCUUCCCCUCAUCGGAGAUGGACACAGCAAUGUGGAACUGCAGACACAUCCCUGAGGAUCCUUUCUUUGCUGCUUUUGACAAGAAUGUCACACAGGAGUCCUUUAAGGUGGCGGACGCUUGGCCACGUCCGCCUCCACGCCCAGCCCAGGAGAGGAGGAGUUCUGAGGUGCGAGGAGAUCCGUUCUCCAUUUCUGUCACAGACAAAACGCUUCCGCCGCCUUCUUCUUCCUUCACCUCCUCGAAUCGUAAAAACAGAGACAGGAAACGAGACCGAAGUCUACCGCCACCUUUUUCUUCUGAUGACCCAUUUGCGAUCACCAUGAUUGGCAGCCCCACUCACCAGUCAUCAAUGUCUUCCACAGCUGGAAUAGUCCCACCUCAUAGCAAUGGUAGCAGCACCAACAGCAAUAGGCCCGGGUUUAAUGCCACUCCAGGUCUUUUAUCCCAAUCUCAGCCGAAGAAGGAGCUGGUACACUGGAACUCUGUUCACAACCCGUUUAGCGAGGGUGCCUCUGGAAAGUUGAGCAGCUCUAAAUCAACUGAAGGAGAAGCAGGGAAGGGCGAUGCAGCAGAAGAGAGGAGAAAAUCUCGUUCUUCAGGGAGCGAGCCCCGCCGAAAUGCUCCUCCCCUCACAAGACAUUCUGGUCCGCAGGAAGACCUUUGCUUCUCCACAGACAAAGACCAAGAUUGUCUCGACCUUAACACUUCGCUGCCUUGCAGUAUCGUCGCUCACAAAGGGUCCAAACACACCUUCAGAAAGGAUGCCGAUAACGUAAUCACAGCUGCUCUUUCCAGAGCAACAAAGACCAAACGGAGCUCAGGACGUCUUAGCGGUACUGACCGAUCCCGGUCGCUGUGCUCGUCGCCUCUGCCUGAGCCCAGCCCCUCCCUCACCUCUUCCUCCUCAUCCUCUUCUAGCCCAAGCGAGUGGGGGCCCCAAGCCAGAAACAAUGAAUGGGGGGGGCAGAACCGCGCCCCCAGCCCUGCCAGGGUGGGGCAAGCCUCACCGCUCCCCUACCCUUCCCAGGACCACCCACCAAGGCAGUUGCACCUCUCACGAGGACCCAGUCCCAUUUCCCUCAGCACCCAGGAGUCGUGGCCUGUGGCAGCAGCCAUCACCGAGUACAUCAAUGCUUAUUUCAAGGGUGGACAAAACAAUCGCUGUCUUGUGAAAAUCACAGGCGACCUGACAAUGUCAUUCCCAGCAGGCAUCACUCGCAUUUUCACAGCCAAUGCCAACGUUCCUGUGCUCAGUUUUCGACUGGUCAACAUCUCCAGGAUAGAUCACUUCCUGCCUAACCAGAAGCUUCUUUUCAGUGACCCGUCUCAAAGCGACCCGGACGCCCGGGACUUCUGGUUCAACAUGCAGGCCCUGCAGCUCUUCCUGCAGCGGGAAGCUGAACUCAACCCCCAGGCUUCCUACUACAAUGUUGGACUACUCAAGUAUCAGGUGUCCUCUCAGGACCCUGCCAGGGCCCCUCUUCUGUUGUCAGCCGAGUGCCAGCGAAGUGGCACGGUGACCAGGGUGUCUCUGGACUACCACUGCUGUCCUGUGACGGCGCCUUCCACUCAGCUCACCGCCGUCCAAGUGCUGCUGCAGCUGGACCACACUGUGGCCGACCUGCAGUGCCAACCGCCCGCUUCCUGGAACGCAGAGGAAAGACGCCUGCUGUGGAAACUCUCUAACCUUUCUCCCACGAACCACAGCAAAGGCUCAGGGACCCUUUGUGCCAGCUGGCAGUGUUUGGAGGUCCCCCGCGGGCCCCCACCCAGCCUGGCUGUUCAGUUUGUUGGCUCUGGGGCCUCGCUGUCAGGCAUGGAUGUGGAACUGGUGGGCAGCCGCUACCGCAUGUCGCUGGUCAAGAAGAGAUUCGCCACAGGGAAGUACAUGGCAGGCUGCACUUUAUGAGCAUGGCAACGAUUCCAUCCGUCUUUCUAAGAAUUUGACACGAUCAAGACGAUGUCCUGGAGACGAGUAAUAUUCCUUUAAGGGAAGCAAACAAGCACUUAGUUCUGACAGUCUUUACUGCUGUUUUAGGACCGAGCCUCUUCUUUUUCCUCUCUAUUGUGUUGUCUCGUCUUCGCCUGGAGGAAAAGUUCUCCUUUUCUUCUCGUGCCUUUUCUUUACUGGAUGGACUAUGAACGUCAGCGCUGACUCGUAGAUUUACAGUACAGGGAAGCAUGUGAGUAAUAAGCUAAAUACUAAUGUGAGGCACUGGCAUGUCUUAAUGACUUAACAGGGUUGUUUAUUAGAUCUUUUAAACCUAAAAAAGAAGCAUUGUUUGUAUAUCUGCUACAAAAAGAGGAUUUGCGAUGUUAUUUAAUAAAAACAAAAUGCACAAGA